UCAUUUCAAGCAACAUCGCGAGAUUUUUUUUAGCAACGGGAAUUUCAAAGGAUCCCUGCCGCAGGUUGUGUAGUCGACCUAAAAUAAAGAUAACUUUAGACGACUUAAGCCACAAAGUAUAUUUGUCUUUUAUUUUUCUGACGUCUGAUUUAUAAAGAUGUCAGAUGAUAUGAUGAAACAGCUGGCCAGCUAUAAGGCCCAGCUGCAGCAGGUUGAAGCGGCUCUGUCAACAGAUCCUGAGAACGAGGACCUGCUUAAACUACAGAAAGACUUACAGGAAGUCCUUGAAUUAACCAAGGACCUCCUGUCGAGUCAGCCAACUGUGGCCCCUACUAGUUCUGAAAGCUCAGCCACGACCUCCCAGAGCCAUUCAUGGAAAGCAGGGGACAGCUGCAUGGCUGUUUGGAACGUGGAUGGACAGUUGUACAAGGCCGAGAUCGAGGAGAUAGACGAGGAGAACGACACGGCGGCCAUCACGUUCCUGGGCUACGGAAACGCGGAGGUCGUCCCGCUGCACGGCCUCAAGCCCGCCGAGCAGGGCGCCGCAUCGGAGGAGUCCAAAUCCAGGAGGGAGCAGAUAGCGGAGCAGAGGGAGUACAAGAAGAAGAAGGCCCAGAAGAAGGUCCAGCGGAUGAAGGAGCUGGAGCAGGAGAGGGAGGUGCAGAAGUGCAAGUGGCAGCAGUUCAACAACAAGGCCUACUCCAAGAACAAAAAAGGACAGGUGAAGAAGAGCAUAUUCGCCUCGCCCGAGAGCGUGAACGGCAAGGUCGGGGUGGGGACGUGCGGAAUAGCCGACAAGCCGAUGACCCAGUACCAGGACUCGUCCAAAUACAACGUGCGGCACCUCAUGCCGCAGUGAGCGGGACGGACGGGCGGGCGGGCGCAGCGCCACGGGCCGCGUGCGGCGCUGCCACGGAAACGCGCCCGGCCCAAGCCUGCGGGUCGAUUUAACCUGAAUGGAAUUCCGCUGGGACGCCAGAACCACUGCAGUCUGAUCUCAGAUCAGUGUUUUUAAGGGAAGCUUCCAUGCCCCCUACAGGGUCAAGGUUAAAGCAAUGCGCAGACACACACACAUACAUAUUUAAUUCUUUUCCCCUCCAUAGUAUUGGGACUGCCUUGGUGACCUCAUUUAAAAAAAAAAAAAAAUUGUUGCCCCAAUAAGCACCUCUAUUCUAGCAGUGCAGUUUCCCCGACCACAUGUUAACUUGAUCCGCGUGCUGGUUAAAAUUCAACCUGCAGAACUGGUCUCUGAAGAGGAGCACACAAAAAAACGAAAAGCGGUGGCCAUUUCUGGAGAAGAUGAUGAGACUGGAAUAGAGAUGCAUGGAGGUUUUAGUUGUUUUGUUUUUUUUGUUCCUAUUUGAUUUAUGUGUGUAGUACUGUAGUGAAGGUUGGCCUAAAAAAGCAGUAGUCUCUUGUAGUCUCAAACUAAAUAUUUAGUUUAAGGAGGAUAUUUUAUGUUGUAGAAACUGGAAUGUCAAUUUUGUAGGACAUGUUUUUCAUUAUUUUCCUUUUUGUUUCUGUACAAAGUAAAAUGCAAUGAGACUUGUUCAAGUCAACAAAUAUUAAUAGUAUUCAUAUUUUUGGAGGACUGUGCUUUUUACUAAAUUAUGCCAGGUCUUCAGUUUUGUACAUUUACCUUUUAUGAAAUAAAUGUAAAAAUGCA